UUUUUUCCCCAUCUUUCUCUCUCGCGUUUAUGUUAACGUGUUCGGCAUGUAAACUUCACCAUCUUAGAAUCUUAAUGCACAGUUGCCCACAAGUUUUUCUAUGUUAACUGCUUCAUUGGAUACCCUUUUUUCCUUUUGCUUUUGACUCAUUUUUGCUUGUUUUGGUAGAACUGUUCAUGCAUAAACUUAACGUUCUUGUUCUCCAUUAUUCUCAAAACCUCAUCUCCAUAUCUGUUUUCCUCAAUUAUACACAGAUUGUUGAUGCUCAUAAGGAACCUGUAACUUCUUCAUUUAUUAUCCUUUUGUUUUGUUCUAGUUUCAUCUCUAUCUUCUACUCAAUUAUUCUUCUUCCAUUCCUCUAUAUAAACCAAUUGUCAAGGUCUCUGAAUUCCCAUAAUUUGUUUUGUGUUGAAUUCUAAUAUCAAGUACUGAAAAUGAGGGUGGUUAAUGUUUUGUUUCUGGUUGUGCUCUCACUGGCUCUGGUUCUCGGAAUAGCUGAGGGUUUCGAUUUCCAUGAGAAGGAUUUAGCGUCCGAGGAGAGUCUGUGGGAUUUGUAUGAGAGGUGGAGAAGCUAUCAUACGGUUUCUAGGAGUCUUGAUGAGAAGCACAAGCGGUUCAAUGUGUUCAAGCAAAAUGUUAUGCAUGUGCACAACACUAACAACAAGGAAAGACCUUAUAAAUUGAAGCUGAACAAGUUUGCAGACAUGACUAACCAUGAAUUCCGAAAUGCUUAUGCUGGCUCAAAGAUUAAGCAUCAUAAGAUGUUCCAAGGGAAACCCCGUGGGACUGGGAGCUUCACGUAUGAGAAAAUCAACAGUGUCCCACCCUCCGUUGAUUGGAGGAAAAAAGGCGCUGUUACCGCCGUUAAGGACCAAGGCCAAUGUGGUAGCUGCUGGGCAUUUUCAACUGUUGUAGCAGUUGAGGGUAUUAAUCAAAUUAUGACAAAUAAAUUAGUAUCGCUAUCUGAACAAGAAUUGGUAGACUGUGACACUGAAGAAAACCAAGGUUGCAAUGGAGGGUUGAUGGACGUUGCAUUUGAUUUCAUCAAGAAGAAUGGUGGACUCACUACAGAGACCAAUUAUCCUUAUGAAGCAGAAGAUGGAAGUUGUGAUGUUUCCAAGGAGAAUUCUCCAGCAGUCUCCAUUGACGGGCACGAGAAUGUGCCUGCUAAUAAUGAGGAUGCUCUGCUUAAAGCUGUUGCACACCAGCCAGUAUCAGUGGCCAUAGACGCUGGGGGUAUGGAUUUCCAGUUCUACUCAGAGGGGGUAUUCACCGGACAAUGUGGUACUGAGCUGAACCAUGGAGUUGCCGUUGUUGGCUAUGGAACAACUAUUGAUGGAACCAAGUACUGGAUAGUGAAGAACUCCUGGGGACCCGAAUGGGGAGAGAAAGGUUACAUAAGGAUGGAACGUGGCAUCGCAGACGAGGAAGGACUGUGUGGCAUAGCAAUGGAGGCUUCAUAUCCAAUCAAGAACUCUUCCUCUAAUCCUAAAGGACCUUCAUUCUAUCCUAAGGAUGAACUCUAAACAAUUCCAGCCAUUGAUUCCGGCUUUGUUCUCAGUCUUAGCUGUUAUGUUAUUUCUCUCUGUCCAAAAGUUGCAUGCAAAAGAAUCAUGAUUGAAUAAUAUUCGUUU